AUGACUGUAAUGGCGAGCAGUCAGCUGCUGUCACUACUGGGCCAGGUCUGCACCCUGGCCCUGGCGGGGCGGUUGCUGUCCAGUGGCGUCCACGGCGAGAAGGGCACGGGCCACCUGUGGAGGUCACUGACCUUCUUCAUCCCGCUCCCUGGGGUGGCUGUCAGCAUGCUGAAUGCCCACCUGAAGUCACGGGAGCAUCACGAACGGCCUGAAUUCAUCCCCUACCCACAUCUCUGCAUCCAGACCAAACCCUUUUCAUGGGGAGAUGGAAACCAUACUCUGUUUCAUAACCAUCAUAUCAAGCCUCUCCCAACUGGUUAUGAGGAUGAGUAA